AUGUCUAUAGCCAAAUGCAGUGAGGGCGACUUUCGAUGUGGUAGUGGAGAAUGUAUUCGUCCCCAACAACAAUGUGAUGGCAGGCGGGACUGUGUGGAUGGCUCUGACGAAAUGAAUUGCAAAAAGUGUCGUGAAGGCGACUUCCAAUGUGGAAAUGGAGAAUGUAUUCGGCCACAACAGCGGUGUGAUGGCAGACGGGAUUGUGUGGAUGGCUCCGACGAAUUGAACUGCACCAAGUGUCGCGACGGGGAUGUCCGAUGUGGCAGUGGAGAAUGUAUUCGGCCCCAACAGCAAUGUGAUGGCAGGCAGGACUGUGCGGAUGGUUCCGACGAACUUAACUGUGCCAAAUGUCGUGAUGGCGACUUCCGAUGUAGCAGUGGAGAAUGUAUUCGGCCACAACAGCAGUGUGAUGGCAGCCGGGACUGUGCGGAUGGCUCUGACGAACUUAACUGCGCCACAUGUCUCACUGGUGACUUCCGAUGUGCAAGUGGAGAAUGUGUUCGUCUCCACCAGCAGUGCGAUGGUAGACCGGACUGUGCGGAUGGUUCCGACGAACUGAACUGCAGUACGUCUACAUUUCUUUGA